GGCGGUGUGUGAGCAUGUUAACAUGUCUGGCUCUUAAUAUAUUGAACUAUUGUGGUUUGUAUUAAGUUACUAGGGAUAAUAACUCGUUGUAAUCGUUCUCCUGAUCAGUGUAUGCUUCAUCAUGGCGUCAGAAAGGUAAAUAUAGUUAGGUUGAGAGUAUGGACGGAGGAAGCUUGGUCAACUUCCUACACCUGCUACAAGCAAGACAUUUGUUCGUGUGGCGGGCUGGAGUGGGUGGAGAUCAUCGAGCCGAGCUCCAGGAACAUCAUGUAUGCCAACCUCACCACCGGCCAGUGUGUGUGGGACCCUCCUCCCGGCGUCCAUGUGAAGAAGUUCGAUGACAACCAGUGGUGGGAACUAUUCGACAUCAACACUUCACGGUUUUAUUACUACAAUGCCACAUCACAGAAGACAGUGUGGCACCGACCGCAGAACUGUGACAUUAUCCCACUAGCCAAGCUGCAGCAAAUCAAGCAAAACACGGAAGUGGCGGAGGACGAGGAGGGACACAAGGUGGUGCGGGAGUCAAUUGGCACACAGACACCUUCCAAGCCAGGACCGCAGCUUCCCCUGACCCUUCCUGCGGCUGUGGCUUCCCAUCCCUCUCUCGGUCUCCAGCACCACUGCACAACUCCCAGCAAGAAUGGUCCACUUCCCACCGGGCAAGAAUCUCCCAAAAAUAAUCCGCUACAGACUUUCCGAAUACCUUCUAACAGUGGUUCAACCUCUUCACCUAAAGUAUCUCCCAGUAGUUCAUUAUCAUCUUCCCGAUCAUCUCUCAGCAUGGUUCCAAGUCCAGGGUCACUUCAGAGAUGUCACAGUUCUUUUUUUGGGAGGCGAGGUUCAAGGGGAUCUCUACCAGGGAUAGGUAGUGGGACAAGAGGGUUAGUACCUGGGCUUGGAAAUAGCUCUCGAAGAUCUCAGCCAGGAAGUGGGAGUGGAACUCGGGAACAUGGGGUUGAAAGUGGACCCUCACGGGGACAGCAGCGGUGGUCUGGUGGGGUGUCUCACUCACGCUCCUCUGGCCUGGGAUCAUUGCAGAAGAAAGAAGGUGGACCGGAGGGUCUCUCUUUACCACAGUCCUUAUCCAAGAGGGUGAUCAGCUCUACAACACAGACAUCGCCAGUGCCCUCUCCACGACCUUCUCGAAGAGCCUCUGCCCACAGUGCCCCCAUCACUAGCACAGCAGGUGGAGUAGGAGGCAGUAGUGGGGGCAGUAAUCACCACCACCACCACCACCAUCGACAUACUGGUUCAUGUUCACACCAUCAUCACCACCACAGUGAUGCAAAUGGAGAUGCAGGUGGUGGAAGAAGGGUGCGGCGAAGCUCUCAGUCUUCACAAGGAUCGUCACUCUCCUAUUCUCGCCCAUACAGACAGGAAUCUGGGAGAUCAAGUGACAGCUCGAUGUCUCAAAGCCGUACAUCCCUGGAGAGUUCUGGGUAUCGACUGUUGGAGUCACCCCGUGGUGGACCAGGUUCGAGAGAUUCAAAACGUGGUGGCUCAGCUUGUAUUCGUGUUGGAGAUAGACGAAGUAAAGAAAAAGAUCAAGUUUCUCCUCGUUCUCCUGACUCUGUCUCGUCCCAUUCAUCUCCUACACAUCCACAGCAGGGUGCACCAACAACUCCUUCUUCUCAGCGUCGUGCUAAUAUUGAUACACGUGAUCCAUCUUCUACUAAAUAUAAGGUUAUUCCCCAUCACGACUUUUCACACUUACAAAUAGCUAAGCAACGCAGCUUUGAUGUUUCUAAUUAUCCAAAGCGUUCAGAACUCAACCUAGACCGACCAAGAGAAAUGGCUCUGUCUCGCAGUUAUAGUUUUAUGUCUAGGCCACGCUGCCAUGAUGAAGAUGGAAUGCACGAGCGGUUUUUAAUUGGUGCUAUGCGAUCAGUUGAAUCAACACCACAACCUCGACGGCGCCAAAAAGGUCUGGACGUAGUGGCUGGAAGUCCUGACUCUCUGGGUUCCCAUGGUUACCUUAAUUAUCGCCAAAAAUCUGAUAGCUCUGGCUUAGAAAGCCUUGCCACACCAAUGAUGCAUCGUAAACAACGCUCUCUUGAAUCUGGAAAAUCAAGGUUGAAAAUGGACAUACGAUCUAGCAACAGUGCACACACCAGACUUAUUACAUCUGAUUCUAGUCCAAGUCCUCCUAGUCCAAAACAUGAGUUUUUACCCUUCAACUUUGACUCUCCUCGAGGUCAAGACAGUGGAGCAUCUACCUUAACUGAUAAAGACACAAGAUCUAACUAUGGACGUGGAUCAGCAGACAGCUCUCCUCAUUCUCAAGUGGACUCAGGGCUGGUCUCUGGAACAACAGGAAGUAGGGGAUCUGUGGAUAGUAAUUCUCGACGAACUGACUCUCACCAAACAAUGGUUGACAAAGAAUCAAAGGUUCCUGUGGUUGAUAGUUCCAAUAAAACCUCUUCUGCCAAAAGUGGCAGUGAUCGUGAUGGGCGUCGCUGCAACCAUCGUCGUCAUCAUCAUUGCAGUAAGCAUCGUGGAGCCAUAGUUGCCAGCACAAACACAACCAAUGCUACCGCUGCCACCACUGAUAGUGACCGCAGUGACACUUUACAGAGUAGUAGUAGUUCUCAACAUCUGGUCCACACAGGGAGCAACAAUAGUCAGAAUCAUAAUUCUAGCUCAGGCAGCAGCAGUACUGCUAAACAAACAAGCCCAAAUAAUAGUAAGCAGUUGAGUCCUAAUAAUGGUGGUAGUAGCAACACAAAACAGCCAAGUCCCAGCAGUAUGUGCAACACAGGGAAGCAGGAGAAUAGUCCACAGCAUCAUGAUUUGACUCAUUUAUAUUCCAAUUUGGACUAUGUUUAUGAGCAGCCUGUUUACCAGUACAUUAUGGAACAAGCAAAACUUACAGGUUACCGACUUGGAGAUCCACUGUAUGAGGAUGCUGAUUCCUUGCACAGUGAUGAUUCUGGUGGCCAACAUGAUGAUAGUGAUGAGUUUGCAGAUGAUGAAGGAAUGUCCAAUGCUGAUUCUUCUUCACAGCUAAGUAACCGUGAUGGCAACAGUGGCCAGUUGGGCAACCGUCCAUUGUCUAUAUUCUAUCCCCAACAUGAUGGACUCAGCUUUGACCACCAACCCAUCACAGUUCAUUUGUAUUAUUAUAUCUUAUAUUUCAUAGAAGGAGAAGAGGACACUCCAGAGAGCACCAAGGGAUCUAGAAUUUCACCAGCUUCUUCGACUACCCCUAUAAGCAGCGGAACACCAGGAAGCUCAGCACCAAUUUUAACUCCAUCAGCUCCACGAGCAAUCAUCACACCACCAAUGCCUCCAAACAGCUUGCCACUGGACACUCAGCAUGCAUCAUUGCGGAGAAAGAAAGAUCCUCCAAAUCAUCAACCAUUAUACUCUCCAAUUCUGGAGAAGGGAGAGCUAAGUAACCGUGAUGGCAACAGUGGCCAGUUGGGCAACCGUCCAUUGUCUAUAUCUAUCCCCAACAUGAUGGACUCAGCUUUGACCACCAACCCCAUCACAGGUUCACUCCAUCGUCCACCUCAGGGUAUGACUGCACUUUCUCUUAUGAAAAAGCCUCCCUCGGAGUCUGACUUUGAGCGGUAUAGCAGCAGUACUGGUGGAGGUGAUGGACACAAUCUUAUGGAAAAAUAUGCUCAGGAAAAUCUCAACAUUCAUACUCGUGGUCUUUUACGAAAAAAAGUUCCUGUCAUAGACAUGAUUUCGUGGACCAAGGAUCCAAUUCGAAAACCUAUGUUAGCCACUUUGGACAAAUCUGUGAAAAACCAAGCAUGUGAGCUUUUCAGACUGGUUCAGAUCUACAUGAGUGACCGGAAGCCAAAACCUGGAAUGACUCUUAAUUCAGUGGGUCUAGACAUUGUCACUAUGUGUUAUAAUACACUUGGACUAAGAGAUGAGCUCUUUGUUCAGAUCUGCAGACAAACUACAGAAAAUCAUAAAAGGGAUAGUCUACGACGAGGUUGGGAACUUUUAGCUAUUUGUCUCGCAUUCUUUCCUCCAUCGGAUAAGUUUGGCCCCUACUUGGCUGGUUAUAUUGCAAGACAUUGUGAUCCUGCUUAUUGUGCUAUGUUCCCUGAUGUGUCCAAGUGGCCUAUCCAUAUUCAGGUGGCGCACUAUGCUGGUGUGUGCAUCAAACGCUUAGAAAGAACAACAGUCAAUGCAAAGAGACAACGAUUAAAGAAGCCAACAUUGGAGGAAAUUGACCUAGCACGUUUGCACAUUUUCCGAGCAUCGAUGUUUGGAGGCACAAUAGAGGAAAUCAUGGCACUGCAAAGAGAUAGGUACCCACAUCGGCGAUUACCCUGGGUUCAAACAACGCUUUCUGAGGAGGUGCUGCGACUACAAGGAACAAAUACAGAGGGAAUAUUUAGAGUUCCUGCAGAUUUUGAUGAAGUUCAUCAGCUAAAGCAAGUUGUUGACCAGUGGGAAGUGGGAGACUGUGGUGAUGCUCAUGUUGCUGCUGCUCUCUUGAAACUUUGGUACCGGGAGCUUUAUGAACCUCUUAUACCAGACUCCCUAUACCAGGCAGCCAUUAAUGCUCAUGAUGAUCCAAUUCAAGCUGUUGCUCUUGUCAAUAAACUUCCUGAAAUUAAUAGGCUUGUGCUGUCAUAUCUUAUCAGGUUUUUACAGUACUUUGCCCAGCCGGACAUUGUAACUGCUACCAAAAUGGAUGCUAGCAACUUAGCAAUGGUGAUGGCUCCUAACUGUCUCCGGUGCACAAGUGAUGACCCUCGUAUUAUAUACGAAAACACUCGGAAGGAAAUGGCCUUCAUACGUACACUCAUCCAACAUCUGGACACAACUUUUAUGGAAGGGGUUGUCUGAGACUGGCAUUUUGUGGUAUAAGGACUUUGUUAUUCAAUUAUCUGUCUAUAUAUACCACAGACCCUAUCAUGACACAUGUGCAUUGCUGGUAAUUAAAGUCAUGGAUUCAUGAAUGUCUUCAUUAUAAAUAAAAUGUUUUUGCUGCUGUACUGUGUUCAGAUAUAAAAAAAAAAAAGCCUUUAUUUUCCUGGACAUUCUGUAAUUAAAAAAAAAGAGUACUGUCAGUAGAGAGGAUGUAUGCCAUGCAAGCUUGGUGCUCAUGAUCAUCUUGCUCUUACCUCUUAGGCACAGGGU